AAACAGCCAAUGGGAGGAGCGGAGGGGCUGCAGGCCGCCGUCUGCACUUCUCUCCGUCCGCGCUCUGAGCCGCUCCCGCCCGCUCCGCGCUCUCCUGUUCCCGUCCGGCUCUCACCGCAGGGUGGUCUCAUCAGCCCAGAGAUGUCAACGCUGAUCUUUGUGGAUAAGGAGAAUGGUGAAGUUGGUGCUACUAAGAACCAGUUGAGGCGCCCUUCAGUAUCAUCAAAAGUCUUAUCAGAAAGAACGCAAGUCAAUACUCCACUUCCAAAGAAAACAAACAGAACUCCAGCCACAUCUCACUCUGUCAGAAAAGCUCUUGGAAAUGUGAACAGAACUGUAGGAGUUACAAGCAAGAAGGAACAGAUGAGAGAUAAAAAUCAGCCUUGCAGUGCAAAGAAAGUUGCUGAAAAGACUGUUGGAUUAGAAAGCUGGGAUGCAGUGGGUGAUGAAGCUUACCCAGAAAUAGAAAACAUGUUUCCUUUUGAUCCUCUAGACUUCGAGAGUUUUGAAGUUCCUGAAGAGCACAGAUUAAGCAAUAUCAAGCUGUAUGGUGUUCCUCUCAUGAUACACACAAGUACUUGUGACAGAUCUGUGAACAUAAGUUCUUCACCUAUAAAGCUUGAAAAGAUGCCAUGGGAGUCUGACUUGCUACAACCACCUACUGACUUUAUUUCUACGCUGGAUGACAUCAUUGAUAUGCCACCUAUGAACUAUGACUUUUAAAAGUAUACUUUGAAGUUUCUAUUGAGUUUUCUGUUUAUAAUAAACGUUAGUUUAACUUGUGAAACAAAA